UGUAUUUGGUAACCUUGAUUUGAUAUUUUGAGAUAAGUUAAGUAAAAAAUACAUAAAUAGUAAGCUAACAGUCGGUAGCACGUUAGCAUUAUCUUAUUUAGCACCAAAAAGACGUGUAAAAAGACAUGAUUACACAUUCUUCAAUGGUACAAUUUUUUUAUUUAUGUAUUUGGUAACCUUGAUUUGAUAUUUUGAGAUAAGUUAAGUAAAAAAAUACAUAAAUAGUAAGCUAACAGUCGGUAGCACGUUAGCAUUAUCUUAUUUAGCACCAAAAAGACGUGUAAAAAGACAUGAUUACACAUUCUUCAAAGGAAAAAUUUUUUUAUUUGGUACCCUUGAUUUGACAUUUUGAGAUAAUUUAAGUAAAAAAUACAUAAAUAGUAAGCUAACAGUCGUUAGCAUGUUAGCAUUAUCUUAUUUUGCACCAACUUGGAUGUCGAGCGUUGAUCUAAAACUUUUAAUCAAUGUUUUUGUGUCAGAAAACUGACUAAAUACAUGAUCUGUGGGGUGUUUAAAAGUAAGUUGCUGCAGAGCCACUAUUUUGCUUGUAUUAAUCACAGCUUCUGGUAUGUUUGGUGGCGUUAGGUUAUGUUGCUGCUCUUAGGGCAGGAAAACUGUGCUGUAUUAAUCUGAAUGUCUGAUGUGGUGUUAUGUUAUUGCUCUUAGCUGCCAAAGACAAACUUCUGUAAUUGUUCAUUAACAAAGUACCAAUUAUAGUACGAACUUUUAACACCUGUGUUAAUAUUUGUGAUGUGUUAAUAUAUUGUCAUUAUGUCAACUUAUAGCCCUCUCUUCAAGGGGAAUUUCUUUUGGAGAAAAAUGAAUGUCUUAAAAAUUAUGAAGUCAGAAGGACUACAUAGAGAAUCCAAAAUUGGACAAAUUGGUCCUUAUCCACUUUAUGUGAAAAGUUUUGAAUCACUAAUAGACAACAACAAAGUGUCUGAUGAGGUCAUGGAUGCCUUGUUUCACCUGUUCAGCAUGAGGCAACCUGAUGUUCUGGCUAUUAAUACCCACACCCUGACUGAUAUUCUGGAAGGGAAACCAAGAGCAAGGAGCCGUUACUUUACCAAGAGGAACAUCUUUGAAAACAUAAAGGAGAUCAUCGGUCCCUAUCUGGAGUGUGGGAAUCACUGGACCUUUUUUCACUGCAGUAUUGUUGAUCAUACUAUUACUUACUUAAAUUCACUGGGGGAAGAAGAUGAACAGUACUACAAAUUAGCAGAAAAUUGGAGCAUAUUUGCUGCAUCAAAAGGCUACCGGGGACCGUGGAAAAGAACAAAGAGGAACCAUACCCUUCAGAAUGACACUAUUUCAUGUGGCGUUUUUACAGCAGUGUUUGCUGAGGCUUUUUUAGGUGACACAAGGGGCUAUCUUGCAUGCUCGCCUGUACUGCAGGAGAGAGAACGACUGGGGAUAUUUCUAUUCAGUUCACUUGAUAGGUCUGGUAUUUGUGGUAUUUGUCACAGGAUGGCAUCUAGAAAGAUCCAGGAAAAAUGUUCAACUUGUUCAGUACGUAUUCAUACAAAAUGUCUACCUGGAAAUCAAGAGGAUGCCAGGUGCAUUUUUUGCAAAGACAGCGCAGGAGAAAUUAUCCCAAACAGAACCAGAAUCGAAGGGCAAGACAGCUCAGGACAAAGCAACCCAAAGAACACAAGACCGGAGGAACAACAUAGCUUAGGAGAAAGCAACACAAACUCUAGACAUGAGGGACAAGACAGCUCAGGAGUAAGUAACCCCAACACCAAAAAUGAGGGACAAGACACCACAGGAGAACGUAACUCAAACACCAGAAAUGAGGGACAAGACAGCACAGGAGAAAGUAACUCAAACACCAGAAAUGAGGGACAAGACAGCACAGGAGAAAGUAACCCCAACACCAGAAAUGAGGGACAAGACAGCAAAGGAGAAAGUAACCCCAACACCAGAAAUGAGGGACAAGACAGCACAGGAGAAAGUAACCCCAACACCAGAAAUGAUGGACAAGACAGCACAGGAGAAAGGAACCCCAACACCAGAAAUGAGGGACAAGACAGCACAGGAGAAAGUAACCCCAACACCAGAAAUGAGGGACAAGACAGCACAGGAGAAAGUAACCCCAACACCAGAAAUGAUGGACAAGACAGCACGGGAGAAAGUAACCCCAACACCAGAAAUGAGAGACAAGACAGCACAGGAGAAAGUAACUCAAACACCAGAAAUGAGGGACAAGACAGCACAGGAGAAAGUAACCCCAACACCAGAAAUGAGAGACAAGACACCACAGGAGAAAGUAACCCCAACACCAGAAAUGAGGGACAAGACAGCACAGAAGAAAGUAACCCCAACACCAGAAAUGAGGGACAACACAGCACAGGAGAAAGUUUUCCCAACACCACUGGACUUGAGGAACAAGACAGCAUAAGACAGAGUGCAGGAGUUGAGGGAAAAAAUAGCACAGGGCAAAUCCAAGAUAAGUCAGGGGGAUUUCUGGUGGAAAGUGUUUUGAAGGUUUCGGACUUUAACCAAGCAAAAAGAUACCUGGUUACAUCAGAAGAACUGCAAAGGAGAUGCUCCCUACCAGAAUGCUACUCCGCAAACACAGUAGUGGCCUACCUACGGAAGGCCAAGGGCCAAAAACAGAAAAUUACAGAGAAGUUGGUGGAGUUGGAGGUGACGCCCUCAAAGCGCACAAAGUUAACUUCACAGUGCUCAAAACUUUGUGAAGAUGAAUGCAGCGAUCUGGCUGGUGAUUUAACAUACUUGGCAGCAAAAUUCAUUCCCCAGAAAAAGGUGGCUCAAGCCUUGUUGGAAGAGGGGAAUUUACAUACAGCCAUGGCCAAAACAGAAGAAUGCAGGAAGACAUUGAAAGCUGUACAGAAUGCUUUAGAGUCUAAUUGGGAAACAUAUGAUCUGGCAACACAUGGUCUUGGGCCUGCUGUUAUAAAAGGGACCUUUUCAUUAAUUGAUUCAUGCCUUAAAGAGAAAAUGAGAGCACUAAAAUCAAAAGACUCAACAGAUAAGUAAGGCUUUUUUGCACUUUAUUGUUGAAUUGUUCAAAUGCUUAAAUGUUAAUGUACACAAUCCAGAAGUAUAAUAAAAAUACAAAACAUUA